AUGGCGCACCCGAUGCUCGAUCAAAUCUCUUUCAAGCUCGCCGUCCCAGAUUCCCCCCUUUAUCUGCGACCAGUGCGUCUUUCGGACGCACCCAACAUGAGGGAUCGAUGUGCCGAUCCACUCAACGUCCAAUUCCUCCCCCAUUUGCAGGGCAAGGAAAUCCAAACUGUCUCCGAUGUGAAAGACUGGAUACGCAUCGUUCAAGCUGGCUUCAACAAAGACUCGCUCUUCCUCGUCGUCAUCUCCACCGAGGGCGGAACCGAAAAAGCCAUCGGUGAGGGACCUUUGGGCUACAUCAACUGGGACACCCAACAAGCCGAAUCCGGCAUCAUGCUAGAUCACCAGCAAGCAGGAAAAGGCAUCGCUACGAAGGUGUUGAACACCACUAUGGAUUUCGCCUUCCAACAGCUUGGCUUGCAAACUGUCAAUUACGGGACUUUGAAAGACAAUAAAGCCAUGGCCAAAGUGCUGCAAGAUAAGUUGAAGGUCAAAGGUACCCCGCAAGAAAAGACGAGAAAGGACGGAAAGUUAGAGUUGAUUUUCAGCUUCAACAGGGACGAGUGGCUCGUGGCCACCACUCCAACCGAUUGA